GCAGGGCAAGGACACAUAGGCUUUUGCUGCAGGAGGCAAUACAGGGAAUCUGGAAAUACUUAAAGGUGUAUUUCUCUAAAGCCUUCUACACCAUAAAGACAUUCUGCCUCUUCCCAUGCUCUGCCGGGUGCACAAGAAGUGGGAGGGAAGCGGGCACAGCCAAGACAGCUGAUCCAAACUGGCCAAAGGGAUGUUCCAUACCAUAUGACAUCGUGCUCAAUAUAUAAACUGGGGGGAGCUGGCCGGGGGACAGCAGUCGCUGCUUAGGGAUGAGCUGGGCAUCAGUCAGCAGGUGGCAACCGUGCAUGCAGUGAAAUGCUGCUCAGCAGCAAGCAAAGGGAAAGGAAUUAGCUUCAGGGUUUUGCCCUCUUUAGUAUCUGGGCAGAAGAAACAAUCAGGAUGGCUUCUACAAGUAAAGGAAGUUCUGCAGUGAGAGCUGAAAAUAUGUUUUGCCCUGAAGGUGGAGUCUGCAAGCACGGAUUCCUCAUCAAAUCACCACCUCUUCAACUUUUCAGCUCACAGAAUUCCUGGAAAAGGCGUUUUUUCAUCCUGACCAAAUCCAGCAACGGCAAUUACAUCCUGAAGUAUCUAAAAGGCCAGAACAUAAAAGGGUCCAUAGCUGUUGAUCAAAUCACAAAUAUCAAAGUUGGCAUAAGCAAUUCUGAAAUUAUGGAAAUGGUGAGGAAGAUGUUUAAAUGCCUUCCUGAACAAGUGAUGUCCAUCAUUACUGGAAACAGAUGUUACUACCUCAUUGGGAGCAGCAGGCAGGAAACAGAGGACUGGGUCACUGUGAUAUCGUCAGUCUGCAGGGAGGCCAAAAGAGGUGGAUGCUGCCCUCAGAAUGAAGAUCUUCCAAAUCCAGAAGUCAGAAGCCGGCCCUCCUCUUUGCCACUGUUCUUCAAUUCUGUAGCUACGACCAGUUUGCUAGAAAGGCAAAGCUACCAGAAGGAGAGUAGUCCCUCAGAAGACAAGAACAGGCCUAAUUCAGAUCCUGGCCCUUAUCAGGCUCAGCGUAACUCAGCAAGCGGAGUUUUUCCACACCUGGAUAAAAGUCUGGAAAGGAGUGAGGAAAAUCUGCUGUCAUCAGAUACAGAUGAAGACAUCAAAAAGGACGAAGAAGAGUAUUACCAAACUCCCAGCAGCAUUUUAGCAAAGUGCACUACUGAAGUAUCAAAGCCUGACCACACGGCCGAGUCUGACGUCCCUGUGCAAGAGAAGCCAGUGCAGAACCCGGUAAACGAGAACAUUUAUAUGCCAAUGAAAUCACUUAGGUUGCUGGAUGAGAGCUGCCAGCUCACAUGCAGAUGUGAUGGGCUCCUCUCUCCUCCCAAACAGCAAGACAACGAUGCGUGUCCAAGAGACUUGGAAGCAAACAGAGACCUAACACUCCCAGAAAGCAGUACCAGCCAGCAGCAAGCCUUUCAGAGACGGCAAAGUUCAUUACCACUCUCAGUGGUUCAGUUGUCUGUACUGCUCAGUCAAGUUACAGAUGAGACCCAGCUGCAGAAGUUGGAUAUUUUCAUCCCCCUGGUUGAUAUUGAGAGUUACCUUAAACUUACUGAAGCAGCAGGACAAAUAUGCGUCUCGCAGUGGGCUGGUCCUUGCCGACUGGGAUGUUUGUUUAAUCACGGAGACCAUAUAAUGGCUGUGAAUGAUCUGAAACCCCAGAACGUGGAGGAGGCUUACUUCUUCAUCAGCAGGUCCACAAGAAAGGAGGUGAAACUCACUGUAUGUAGGAUUCCACAUUCAGAUACCUUCCAUGUUAUAGGCUGCUCAUGUUCCUGAAAAAAGACCUCAAUGAUUAAUGAUGUUCAAAGAGCUGUUUGUGCUGGAUUCUGCAUAAAGGCAGAGGGAAACCCCAGUUCUGGAACUACAGAGGCUGAAAAUGGAAGAAAAGACAUUCCUUGGGAGCUUUUCUCCAAAGCUGCUACGGGACUCCUUUGCUCUGCACUGCCUCUUUGAGCACAACAAAUCCAUUUCACCACACAGGGCUUCUUCCAGCUCUGUAGCAGUGUCAGCCUGCUAGGACAGUCCUCUAGGCCUGAAUCCUAAAAUCACAGAUCAUCUAGUUCAAGAGUAGCCACCGAGGAUGUCAGCCUCGACCUUUCCUGCCCAAGGUUUGCCUAAGUUCUUCUGAACUUUAGAAAAGGAAAGUCCAAGUCUUCCUGUGUUGUUCCAAGACUCAUCUCUCUGUAUAAUUAGGCAGUUUUUUUCUAAUAUUUAUCCUAGAUUAUCUUUUUAGGAAGUAAACCUGAUGUUUUCUCACCCUGUUUUCUGUGGGCAUGGGGAAUGCUUGAUUUCCAGUCUCCAGAAAAAUCUUCAUUCUGGAAGGUGUUUUUUCUGCCUGUUGUCCCUUCUUUUAUUUUUAGAGCAAACAUCCUGCAUUCUUACAACAUUUUUUCAAACAUUUCCUGAAAGUGGUCAUAUGUCACUGAACUGUGAAACAAAUACCUCGUGUUUCCAGUUAUGGGUGAACAAAGGAGGUGAGACAGCUGUAAAGCAAUUUCCUGGAACUUCACAGAAAAACAUUUCCAAAAAGAGGUGAACUAGCGAAGAAGCUGUGAAUCAUGCAUGGCAGUGAAAGGAGAGCCACCACCGUGGAACCUGCGCAUGGCAUUGCUGCUGAAGCGGACAUUGCACAGCGCACGCUGCGCCUCUUGGCCAUGGAAGAAUGUUACUUUUGGACAAAAGUAGGAUUUGGGUAGAUCUAGCAUGCACAGGAUAACUCCAGAAUAUUUCAGAAAACUGGGGGAUUAAUUCUGUACGUCAGUAAACAGUUCCUGAUGUGUUACCCCAUAAUUGAUCAUUAUGUCAGUUAGCACAAUGAUAAAUGCAGAUAAUUAGUGAGGUAUUGGCUAAUUCAUAACACUUACAGAGAUACAAUAUGGUAUUGAUUUCGGUACAGUAAAUUCUGGUAGGGUGUGCGAAGUUGUCUGCCUACAUAUGAUUAAUAAAUGUGUUAAAGCUUUAGAACACAUUGUAUUCUGUGAAUACCUUUCUCUUGACACAACCCCUUCUCAUCCUCCAAAGACUACCUGUAACUUCCCAGUAACCUGCAGCUGAGUCACCAAACAGCUCAUUUUAAAAAACCUACUGUUAAAAAACAUCGGCUUCAUUCUGUAACAUUUUUCUCAAUGUGAAAAUUUUAC